AUGAUGCUUCCAAGUGCCCUCGAAGUCGAACAACGCUGGAUGCGCCGAGAGAUCGCCCGGCUACGCGAAUUGCUCAGAAUCGACAACCUAGCUUACUCCAAACACCACUGCGAAUUCACAAAAGCUAUCCAGAGCAGACUGCGCUCCUUUGAUCAUGACGACUGCAUCCAUUCAGCCCUGCUUCAUAGCACUGUCCCGGAAUCCACAAACAGCGCUUCGCUUUACACCAUCAACCCGCGCAAAGCCAUCAUCACAGCAACACGGGUCGUCUUCAAAGAUCCAUCUCACAGUGGUGGUAUUGAAUAUGAAUAUUCCAUGCACGGAAUUGUUUGUUUAGACCAAUUGGAAAAGCAUCGCUUAGUGCUAGUCAAUACCGUCAGGCGUGAAAUGGGGGCAGCUAUGGACGUUGCGCAGCUAUCGCUUCUCCACGAACUGCACAACACUGCCACUCUUCACUAUGGUCUUUUUCACAUGGGCUUCCGUGCAGCUAGUCUAGACCCAGGACUGCAGACACCAAAGGAGCAGAUCUUGGCCAAGCUCAAUGCCCUCUUCCCACCCAUCGCUGCUGCCAAUUUGGACACGAUACUGCCAUUGGCUCCAUACUCGGAGGGUUUACGUGAAAGUAUUCGCUUUUCCGUUUACGAGCACUUGAUGUGUGGCCAUGCGAAUGACGUGACCAAAUGGCUUGCGCUACAGACCCGGCUCUUUUCCUGGUGCAACAUGCCUGGCUACACUGAAGCCAGGAACGCGCUUCUGCGUUACACCGAAGAAUUCAAAAAGCUUGAACUACUCUGCCUUUCCACUUUACAUGCGCUCGAGUGCCGAAGACGGAGUAUCUGCGUCCCGGAGUCUCCAGCAGAGAGCUCCUUUCUGACGAGCUCGUCCCGAUCCAGCGCAGCUCCGUCCCCGAGCCCCUCAUUUCUCGAUAGCGACAGAUCUGAUUUCGAGCCAGUAAUUCAAGAUUCCCAUCGCUCACUUGCUUCCGGCCGGUCACUAUCUUCAUCUCUCCGGUACAAUGCGCAGCUCUCGCCGCUCCUGAAAGGCAUGCCUGGGCGUGAAAUCUCGGCCGCCAAAACGGACGGUGCGGCUUUUGCUGGAGAAAUUGACGUGCCUCCCAUUCUCACUUAUCCCAAUGACUUGUCACGUCAUGAGUUUGAUCAGCAUCCGCUCGCCAAGCAAUUGGACAUUUCACUCCGCGAAAAGAUACAGCUCGGCCUCAUCAUCCCUAGGCAGCUCUCGAGUCAAGAGCAAAAGACGUCGGUUUGGCAGGAAGGGCUCAGACACGCAGCCGCCGCCCGUGCCGCCUCUGCCCUCGAUCCCCGAGGCGCUCCAUCCGAACUUGACAUCAAGCAACUUUGGAAAAAUCACACCGCGGCGCAAUCAGCUCCCGACGCGGCAGAGCUUACUAAGACUCCACGCAAACUCAAGAUAUCCUUUCGGCGAGGCACAAAAUCAAUCAUAUCCAGCCCAGAGUUACAGCCUGACCACGAUACUCCGCUGCAUUUUGAACUGGCCAACACCGAUCUCCCUUUUUCUACUUCAGCCCAGAAUGCACCCACCAGCCGAAGACAGAGUAUCGUCGGUCCCUAUGAGACUGGCUACCCGGGAGUCAACAAGUUGGAAAAAGGACCCGUCCAAUGGAAAGUCGCACCGCCGCGUCUGUCGCCCAUGGAAUUUGCGAGAUCGCAUCUGAUCCAGGCGGCUCUAGAAAGACGUCUGAACAAAACCCCGUCGUCUCGGCUGACCAAACUAUGGUUCUGGACCCCGGGAUGGGAAACCUUUCUCGUGCUACCAAGCAAACAGAUGCCAUCAAACAAGACUCCGGCUCAAGGUGUAUGGCAUGAAAACACGCCCAGUCUGGGAUUUAAGAUAAAGACAACUGAGGUCACGCUAACGGAACCGCAAGACACAUUGCAAGUAGAAACGGAUCGGAGAAGCUUCCUAUCCUGUCCGCGGCUGUCUCUGAACCUGGGCAGCUUUGCCAUGCAAUUCCCCUCCAUGUUGAAUUUGAUGACCUUGGAUGGCAUCCACACUCUGAUAUCCUUAUCUAGCUCUACAAAAUCAGGAUCCCCUCCCGACACGGGCGAGAAUCGCCGGCCGUCUGGAAGAUCCGGCAUCUACGCACAACAGGCAGACACAGAGCGGACCCUGUCUACGCUCAGCCGCGACUCACCAAACCAACGGGCAAAACCAGGUAUAUUUCCAGCCUCACCCACCAAGUUCUGCUGGCGCACGCACUUAACCAAGCCUACUUUAGACUUGUCCUCCGCGUCCCCUGCCGUCCACGACAUCGAUCGGCACCGCUUCCAGGAUGGUCACGGCGAGGCGCACACGGCCAUGCCCAUCGCCGACAAUCCAUUCCAAGACACUUCACCCUACUACCACCAUGUCGUUUCAACUACCGAAGCGAGCUCUUCAGCCGAAGCCUCGUGGGGUUUUACGGACGUCGACAGCCACCCCCAUGUCACCGCCGCCCCGAAACAUAUCGGACUCGCGCUCCCGCCGUCACCACCGCCGCGCCACAGCUCAGCAAUCGCUAGGCGGCGGUUGCGCCACCACCUCGCACACGAGGCCCAGGUCGUGACCCCCGUCGCGGCCCGCAAACUCGGGGUAUUAGUAGCCGGCGGCGCGUGCAGCUCUGUCCUGAGCCUGCGCGCCGCCGCCGCCCACUCUGAGGACUUUGCCCUGCCCGACGCCGCCGACGAGGAGCGCGCGCUGCACCCGCCGCCGCUGCACGUCCCGCGGCGCCGGCCUUUCCCGCAGAGCACCGGCCGUGGGCUACGCGAGCGGGACACGACGCGGCGGAACCUAUUUCGCAGCAGCAGCGACGACGCCGAUGACGCCUGGCGCGGCUUGCUACGCCAUCUCGGCGACGGCCUCCUGCCGCUCCCUGACGAGGACCGGCCGGCACCGUGGUCCCCUCUGCGUCGUCGUGGAAGCGACAGUCUGCCGGCCACGCCGUCGCCACGCCGCCAGAGCUCGGUUCUGAGCCACUUGUCCAUCACCCCGACGGCACUGCGCCUGGCGGGCUCGUUCAUCCCGGGCGAUGACGACGAGGAGCAACGUUCGGGCUUCAGUCCCCGGCAGCGCAAGGUUGCGUCGACGCAUCUGCUUAUGCCGGAUUCGCCCACGCUGCCGACAGUCGGACCGCAGGUUAGAAUGAGACGAAGCGAAGUCGACAUAUUGCUAUCGGAAUCCAUGGUGUCAGAGGAUAGAGCCCUACCGUUUGAGGAAAUGGGAGCUGCACUUGGACGCAAGUCUGCCAUUGGUUGGAAGGCUGCUACUGUUUUGCCAGACUCGUCUUGCACGUACGUUGGCUACGGAGAGUGUCCCGUGUCCGGCGGCGGCCGGAACUCCAAGAAGCCCGAGUCGAACGUUAACGAGCCAUUUACCAUGGGGUCGGAACGCGGUCCGAGAGAGAAUGGUAAUCGGUUGCGAAAGCAGACACAGCCCCAUCAUGCAUCAUGCAAGGUCAACAGAUAUUGCGGCGCCGCUACUCGAGGAAAUCAUGCCCUCGCCCCCCUCUCUCUGCGCCCCAUCACGGCGCUUGGAGGCGAGGGAGAGCUGAAGCUGGAAUAG